UGUAACCAGUGCUAUACGACUAGAGUCAAACACUGCUUCUUAGCAACAUAAUCUGCCUAUUUUGAACAUGACAAACCUCCAAUCACGCCCGUCACGCUCGCUAGCAUCUAAAGUAGCUAUAGUGACAGGUGCGGGCUCCGCAGGCGAAGGCAUAGGAAAUGGUCGAGCGGCAGCAUUACUCCUCGCCGAAGACGGCUGUCACGUCGUCUGUGUCGACAUCAACACAGAAUGGGCGGACAAGACCGUCGAGAUGAUCCAAAACGAGGGAUUUGCAGAAGCAGCAACAUGCAGCGGCGACGUAUCAAACCCGGACGACUGCUCUCGUAUUGUCCAAUUUGCAACCGAGAAGUUCGGCCGUUUGGACAUUCUGAUCAAUAAUGUCGGAGUCGUGGGAGCCAAGGGAACUGCGAUCGACUUGGACUUGAACGAAUGGAAUAGAGGUUUCGAGGUCAACGUCAAUAGCAUCAUGUUGAUGAGCAAAUACGCGAUACCGGUCAUGAUGAAGAACGACCGAGAUCGCGAUGUGAGAGGAAGCAUUGUCAAUAUUGGAAGUGUCGCGGGACUUCGAGGUGGCACUCCACAUUUGUUGUAUCCAACUACGAAAGGCGCGGUCGUCAACAUGACCCGAGCGAUGGCAGCGCAUCAUGCCCCGGAUGGCAUAAGAGUCAACUGCGUUUGUCCGGGGAUGUUGUAUACCCCAAUGAUGUACGGAAAUGGUAUGUCCGAUGAAGCUCGUGUGGCGAGAAAGGAGCGAAGUCUCUUGAAGACCGAAGGCUGUGGCUGGGACUGUGGGUCAGCAGUUCGUUUUCUAGCUGGUCCAGAAGCUCGAUGGAUCACUGGCACUAUACUGACUGUUGAUGCUGGAACAACUGCCUGUACUAGCACAAACAUGGCCAAAGGUGCCACGGUGUGAGCAGAUAGUGACACAGUCAUAUUAAGGAGUGUAUCAAUGCCUGAUGCCUAGCAAAUUGUGUAUAAUAUGUAACGACAAGUCUGGAGGACGUAGUUGACGUUGUAGAAUUUUCACCUUGCUUCAAGUAUG